AACUCUCAAGGUCAAAAUAUUUAUACUAAAUGUCUGAGAAGACUUGGCUUAAAAUGAGUGUUUUUGAAUACUUCACUAUAACCACAGAUGGAAUUCAUUGUGUGGAUGAAGAUGGCAGCGGUGAUAAUGGAAAACUCUGUGAAAAAAAGACAGUACCUUUUAAGUCUACCGAGAAAAAGGAAGUUCUACAACCCAUCAACACAAAUAUAAAAACAAGUGAAGAAAGUUCAAAAGAGAAGACCUCUCAAGAUAAAGGAAAAAAACGAUGGAGUUUGGAGAAUUUCGACAUUGGUAGACCGUUGGGUAAAGGAAAAUUUGGAAACGUUUAUCUUGCUCGUGAGAAAAGCAGCAAGUUCAUUGUCGCUCUGAAAGUGUUGUUUAAGUCUCAGUUACAGAAAAAUGGUGUAGAACAUCAGCUUAGAAGAGAAAUAGAAAUUCAAUCUCAUCUCAGGCAUCCAAAUAUCUUGAGAAUGUACGGAUAUUUCUAUGACGACACAAGAGUGUAUUUGAUUUUGGAAUUUGCGCCUCGCGGAGAACUUUACAAAGAGUUGCAGAAGCACAGAAAGUUUGACGACAAGAGAGCCGCCACCUAUAUUUCUCAACUUUGUGAUGCACUUACCUACUGUCAUUCCAAAAAAGUCAUUCAUAGAGACAUUAAACCAGAAAAUCUUCUGCUGGGCAUCAAUGGAGAAUUGAAAAUUGCAGAUUUUGGAUGGUCUGUUCAUGCCCCCUCUUCCAGGAGAGCCACCUUGUGCGGAACUUUGGACUACCUACCUCCGGAAAUGAUCGAACACAAGGUGUACGACGAGAAGGUAGACCUGUGGAGUCUGGGCGUCCUGUGUUACGAGUUUCUAGUGGGAAAACCGCCGUUUGAAUCAGAGUCCAUCAACGAGACCUACAUGCGGAUAGCCAGAGUGGAUCUCCGCUUUCCGUCCCAUGUCUCCGAGGGCGCCCAGGAUUUAAUCAGGAAGUUACUAAAGAGAGAUCCAGCAAGUAGACUGCCCCUGGAUGGAAUAAUGCAACAUCGUUGGAUUAAAGAAAACUGUGGCGCUCGGUGCACUUCCUCCAAAGUUCAAUAGAGAACCUUUAUUCUUUAGUCACGUUUGCUCCGAGAACCCUCAUUUUAUAAAUAUCGAUUGGAACCUCAAAGAUCAUCGUAAUAUUUUUCAUUUUGUCAUAGUUUUUGGGUUUCGUUUAUAAUAAAUCGAAUGCGAGUCGGUUAUUAGUUACUCCUAUGUAUUUAUGACAUACGGUCGGUUUUAAAACGUUUUCCACUGCCAUGUAUUAUAAUUCCUGUUGGCAUUUCUUGUAAUUUUGUAGGUAACCUAUUAAAAGAGCGAGCGAGAUGUAUAAAUAUUAAGGAUUCCAUACAUUUUUGUUACAAAUAAAACUUAAAUAUGAAAUACUU